AUGAAGGAAAGUUACCCUGUCAUAUCGGAUGACGAAGAAGACGAAUCGUCCAGCGUAACAUCACCCUUACUCCAAGAUAGGAAGGACCUAAACAGAAUGCCUGUCCACGCGAUAUCAGCUCCUUUACUCAGUGCCGCAAGACCGAAAAUUACGAGACAAAGACGAUAUGACAAAUCCUUAGUUCGUGACGAAACUAGAACAUUGAGUGCUGCCCCUGAUAACUCGGAUUAA